UCAACUCCGAGACUUUAUUAUUAUUAUUGUUUUCUGUACCUUCCGCCAGCCGAGCGCAGAAUGUCCGAGGCCGCGCCCGCCGCGCCCGCCGCGCCGGCCCCCGCCGAGAAGACGCCCGUGAAGAAGAAGGCCCGCAAGUCCGCAGGCGCCGCCAAGCGCAAGGCGUCCGGGCCGCCGGUGUCCGAGCUCAUCACCAAGGCCGUGGCCGCCUCCAAGGAGCGCAGCGGCGUGUCCCUGGCCGCGCUCAAGAAGGCGCUGGCGGCCGCCGGCUACGACGUGGAGAAGAACAACAGCCGCAUCAAGCUGGGCCUCAAGAGCCUGGUGAGCAAGGGCACCCUGGUGCAGACCAAGGGCACCGGCGCCUCGGGCUCGUUCAAGCUCAACAAGAAGGCGGCGUCCGGGGAGGCCAAGCCCAAAGCCAAGAAGGCGGGCGCGGCCAAGCCCAAGAAGGCUGCCGGGGCGGCCAAGAAAGCCAAGAAGGCGACGGGGGCCGGCACCCCCAAGAAGAGCGCCAAGAAGACCCCGAAGAAGGCGAAGAAGCCCGCGGCGGCGGCGGCUGCGGGCAAGAAAGUGGCCAAGAGCCCGAAGAAGGUGAAAGCGGCCAAACCGAAGAAGGCGGCCAAGAGCCCCGCCAAGGCCAAGGCCCCGAAGCCCAAGGCGGCCAAGCCCAAAGCUGCCAAGCCCAAGAAGGCCUCCAAGAAGAAGUAAGCGUAUGGGUUCGCCGAGAACGUCGUAAAGGCUCUUUUCAGAGCCACCCA